CAUACAUGACAAAUCUAGGGAGAUGGCAGAGGAGAGAGGGAAAGUUGAAAACACAGAGCUAGGCGGGCGGGCGGCGGCGGUAGUGAGAGCAAAUCCUUCUCCAGAUAAGAUAUGGAAAAAAGCAUAUUCACAAACCGUAACCAUUCAACUCUACCGCCCUACGAGUUCCUAUAUUUUAUCUAAGUGAGGGACUGCGGGAUCUGCUCCAUCGAAGGAUUUAGCGGCUCGGGUCAGCGAGAGGUGGAAAUCGGAGCGAUUCUUGUUGAAAGUUUCUGGCUUUUCAUAUCAUCUUGCGUGGUGUGGUUCUCAGUUUCUUGUCCAAGGAUGCCUCCAUCAAACCGUGCUCUGAUGUACAGAUUUGAUCCACCCAACAACGUUUGUAGCUCGGAGAAGGUUAAAGAGGAAGCUAUUUCCAUGGAUCAUAUUAGCACAUUGCCCCAUGCGCUUCUUGUGGAGAUUCUGUCCCGCCUGACCUUAAAAGAAGCAGCUAGGACAUCAAUCCUCUCCGGGACUUGGGUUGAUUUGUGGAAAUUUGUUCCAAACUUGGACUUCGAUGUUCCAAAGGUGAGGCAGUGCAUCUGGGAAAAUUAUUGGAAUUCGGGGGAUAUGGAGCCCGUGCUUUUCGGAAGGAGGAGGUACAUUGAAUGGGUUAAUAGGGUCUUGACACACUACCAGGGUCGGAAAGUGAACAACUUUCACGUCUGUUUCAACAUUCAUAAUGAAUCCAAUGCAAAUGGUGACAUCGAUAGGUGGUUGGACUUUGCAAUCUCAAAAAGAGUUCAGAAGCUCAAGCUGGACUUUGAACGGUAUGGUGAUGCAAGUUGGGAUGCUUCAGGGUGCUAUAUUUUCUCGGAACGCUGUUUCAAACAUAUGAAAACCUCUGAGGGUUUAUCGGAUAUUCGGUUCCUUCAGUCCUUGUGUUUGGCUUUCGUUGAUGUGAGCGAUGAGAUCCUUGAGCAUUUCCUUUGCAAUUGUCCUCUACUGGAGAAGUUAGCCGUCCAACAUUCCCAUGGUUUAGUAAGGUUUAAAGUUGCUGCUGGCUUGUCGUCACCACUGCCGUUGAAGCACUUGGAAGUAGCCCAUUGUAAGAAUCUAAAGGAGAUUGAAAUCGAUGCGCCUAAUCUCACCUACUUCAAGUUGGAUGGUCGGUUUCCAGAUGGCAUUAAUCUUCGAAUGGAAAAUAUAUCGUCGCUUACCGGAUUGGACUUGUACAACAUGAUUGAUCCAGGUCCUGUUUUCCUUCCUCGAGCAAAGUUUGCACGGCUGGAGACCCUCACUUUUAUGUUUGACGCGCGUAAAGCCAAGUUUCCCAGGUCGAUUGAGGAGUUGACGUCUCUUAAGCAGCUGACUGUUUAUGUGCUCGGUUCCGAUAGGAACGAGAUUCGUGGUCUGCUCCCCGUGAUAAAUGCUUGUCCUUCAUUGUACCAACUGUCGGUUCGGAUGGACACCGACGAAGAAAAGGAUAGCUCCUGCCGCAUUUGGGGUGGGAGUGAGAUGGAGGAGAUGCACAGGGAGAGCAUCAAAGUGGUGGAGGUUAGCGGGUUUGCUGGUAGCGCAGCUACCCAUACAGGGCGUUGGUUCCUGGACUAUGCGCUGCGGAACUUUGUGACGCUUGAGAAAUUGAUUCUCGAUAGUCGCACAUGCACUAGUACUGGACGCAUAUUUAAAGCCCCGAGAGUGCAAGCUGAAGUUGCAGUCGAGUGCAUUCAGAUGUUGAAAUCUAGACUGCCCUCAACCGUUGAGCUUGUUAUCCCCGUUAGUUAAUUUACUGCUAUUCCAUGGCUUGGUUUUGGUUUGUGUUUUACAUGUUCAUGAGUGAGUUAACUUAUCCUAUACAGCUGGCCCUGUACUUAGCCUGCAUUGUGAUGUUACACAAGGUGCGAAAUAGGUUAUGUUCUUUGGACGACUUCACUCAUAGUACGUAAAUUGAGGCGAUGUUCAAAUUCCAGAGUAAUUUCC